AUCAGUAUUUUUUGACUUGCCAUUUUCAACAGUUCUAAAUAAAUAUGUCGUGGUUGGGUAGCGAAAAUAUUAUAUACAUUGCUUCUACAAUUUGGUGGAUUGCUUUCUUUCAAUGGAUAUAUCAUGUAGGAUCAAAAAAGUUUCUGAUGUGGACUAUUCCAAAUGAAUAUGGGAAAUUAUCAACACAGAAACAAAACAUUUCAAGAUCCGGGGUCAGCUCAGCAGUCAAUGGAAUAAUUAUGUUUGUUUGUUCUUUAUAUCUACUACUCAACCACAAUUUACAUGACGAUUUAUGCUGGAAAGAUGACUUCUAUGUUCGGCUGCUGGCUUGUGUUGAAAUGGGUUGCUAUUUAGCAGAUACUUUCGUGCUUUUGACGGGUGAGACUGUGGAAGAUACUGCAUUUUAUAUAUUCCAUCAUUUAUGUAUUGUAUUUGGAAGCUAUAUUGUUAUAGUAAAUAAAGUUUUCCCGUUUUUUAUUUGCCUACGAGGACUGAAUGAAAUUUCGGUUCCAUUUCAGCACUUGAGGCAAACGUUUUAUGACAUAGGAUGGAAAAAUAAUACAAUAUAUCUUGUCAAUGGACUGGCUUUCCUCUUCACUUUUUUCUUUGGAAGAAUUUGCGUCAUUCCUAUUACGAUGUAUUUUAUAUCCCAGAUAGUUGGAACCGCAGAACUUGCCAGCGUCAGUCUAUUCUGCAAGGUUGUUUUCCUCGGUGGAGUUGUCAUCAUCGACGCCCUCAAUAUUUACUGGUUCUCACUGAUCUCGAAUGGAGCUUACAAGUUAUUAUUUAAAAAGAAACAUGUGUGAUAAUGCAAAUUAUCUAGCAUCGCAAAUUGUGUUUUUUUUUCCAGUAUAUAUGGGUAUCUGAACUUUUGCAGUUUCAAUAAUAGGACGGUCGAGUCGAAUCAGUGAAGUUGAUGCUGCUGUGGUUUCACUUCUAGUGUUCAUAUUUAAACACAUGAUAAUGAAAUUUUAUUUUUCUGAUGAUCAGUAAACAAGUUAUUGAUGAACUUGUAGGCUUGCUUCGGCCCAAAAUAUGGUAUUUAGAAUGAAAGGAAGAUACUUCAUAAUAAACACAAAUUUAAUUUCAUUUCAGUGGCGAUGUCCGUUUAUUCUGUUUGUUGUAAUUAUAUUGAAACAUAUCAUUAUAAAGCAAAUGGUCUUUUAUUUAAAACGUUAGCAUACAUCACAAGAUACACUCUUAUAUUUUCACUCGGCUCGGCGAUAAGGUA